AUGUCUGAAAGUGAUUUUAAUUAAAGACAACUUGAAGAAAAAAAAGAGGAUUCAAUAUAUAAAUUAUUCAUUAAUUUAUUGGCAUGUACUUUUCAAACCGUUUUUGGUUAUAUCUGUUUGGAUGUUUGUGUUUCUAUCAGUUUACAUUAUAUAGGCUAAGAGUAAUUAAUAAUUAUAUUAUAGAAUAAACCCUAUAGCUAAUGCUGGUUAUGGAUUUGCAUUAACUUGUGUAUUCAUUCUAUUGACUCCUUUUGGCUUUGGAUUAAAUCAAUCAUUAAAUAUGCACACAUCUCAAGCAUUAGGCGAUUAAAAAGUAUAGUUGGCUAAACGAUUUUUUAAUAUAAAUUUAUAUGUGAUGCUUUUUAUACUGGUACCUUUAGGAGGUAUGUUGUUGGCUUUAAAAUAUCCAUUAAGUCUAACAAUAAGAGAGGAUUAAAGAGAAGAGACAUCAAAUUAUUCUUAAGAAUUCUUAUAUUACUUGAUACCAGCAAUAAUACUUGCAUUAGAAUUUGAAAGUGCAAAGUGUUUUAUGGUUGCUCAUAAAAUCACAUAUCCUUUUACAAUUAUUCAUUUUUGCACAUUAGGAAUUCAUUGGUUUUUGUGUUGGUUAUUUAUUGUACAAUUUUAAUGGGGAAUUCCAGGAGCAGGAGUUGUAAUUAUUUUGACUGAAGUUUUAAAUAUAGUUGGAUUAGUUUGUAUGUUUUUAAUAUUAUCAAUUAGUAUUUGUACAAUUUACAAAUCUAAAGAGAGAAGUAUUUUAAGGAACAAAAUUAUUAAUUGAUAUACCAAGAUUUAAAAAGUUGGGUUUUUAAUAUAUAAAAACAUCAAUUCCGAUAGUUCUCCAUAUUUUUUCAGAAUUUUUUGUAUUCUUUUUAAUGUCCUUUUUUGCAUUGAGUUUAGGAGUUUCUGAAAUGAUUGCACAUAUUGGAUUACAAAAUAUUUCUGGAAUAUAUUUUAGUAUAUAUAGAUAAUAAUAAAAUAGGGAUUCCAAUAAGUUUAUCAAUAGCAUUAAUGUCAUUUGUUGGUUCAGAAAUGGGAAAAGGAAAUAUUAAAAUAGCAAAGAUUUAUGUUGCAAUUGGUAUUACUAUUUUUUUAGUUACAUGUACAAUAUGCUCAAUUUGGAUAUGGUUUCUUAGAGAUUAAUUGGCAUCAUUUUAUGCUUCAGAUUCAAGUGAAAAUGAAUUGGCUGUCAAGGCUAAAGAAAUAUUCAAAGAAACAAUACCAUGGUUGAUAGGAGGAAUGUUAAUUGUAGAUGGACUUUAAGGAACAUUAAGUGGAGCAUUAAAAGGAAUUAAUAAAAUAAAUUUAGUUUUUGUAUAAAAAAUUGAUUUAUCAUUUAGUACUCAACCAUAAUUGCCUAUUAUAUAAUAUGUAUUCCAUUAGUUAGUUUCUUUACAUGGGGAUUAGAUUAUGGAGUUGUUGGUAUUUGGCAAGGCUUUGCAAUUUCCAAUGUUAUUCUAGCAAUAUUAGAUCUUAUAGUAUUAUUUACUACUGAUUGGGAUAAAUAAUCAAAGAAUAUAAUCAGAAGAGUUAAAUAAGAAAAUGAGCUCUAAUUUAGCACUCUUAUUUAAGUAGAAGAUGAUAAAGACAAUAUUUGA